AUCAGGCAGGACAGAAACGAUUGGUAGCAUUUCUUGCUAAAUUGCAAAAUGUUCAGCUGGCUGGGUAAUGACGACGGGCGAAGGAAGGACCCGGAGGUAUAUCAGACUGUGAGUGGAGGUCUUAAAAAACUAUACAAAACCAAGCUUCUCCCUCUGGAAGAAUACUACAAAUUCCACGCUUUUCAUUCACCUGCCUUGGAAGAUGCGGACUUUGACAACAAGCCUAUGGUCCUUCUUGUUGGGCAGUAUUCCACCGGGAAGACCACCUUCAUAAGGUACCUUCUUGAACAAGAUUUCCCUGGGAUGAGGAUUGGGCCAGAACCUACAACUGACUCCUUCAUUGCUGUGAUGCAGGGCGAUGCAGAGGGCAUCAUUCCUGGAAAUGCCUUGGUAGUGGAUCCCAAAAAACCCUUCAGGAAACUUAAUGCCUUUGGCAAUGCCUUCCUGAACAGAUUUAUGUGUGCUCAGCUGCCAAAUCCUGUAUUGGAGAGUAUCAGUAUUAUUGAUACACCAGGGAUCCUUUCAGGGGAGAAACAAAGAAUUAGCCGAGGUUAUGACUUCGCUGCUGUUCUUGAGUGGUUUGCCGAGCGGGUGGACCGCAUCAUUCUCCUCUUCGACGCCCACAAGCUAGACAUCUCAGACGAGUUCUCGGAAGUCAUCAAAGCCCUGAAGAACCAUGAAGAUAAAAUGAGGGUCGUGCUCAACAAAGCAGACCAGAUCGAGACCCAACAGCUUAUGAGGGUUUAUGGCGCUCUCAUGUGGUCUCUGGGGAAGAUUGUCAACACGCCUGAGGUAGUCAGGGUCUAUAUUGGUUCCUUCUGGUCCCACCAGUUGCUCAUCCCAGAUAACCGCAAGCUUUUUGAGGCAGAGGAGCAAGAUCUCUUCAAAGAUAUCCAAAGUUUGCCCCGCAACGCUGCUCUUCGGAAACUGAAUGAUCUCAUUAAACGGGCACGGCUAGCCAAGGUUCAUGCGUACAUCAUUAGCUCACUUAAGAAGGAAAUGCCGUCGGUGUUUGGCAAAGACAAUAAGAAGAAAGAACUCGUGAACAAUUUGAGGGAGAUCUAUGGACGGAUCGUACAGGAGCAUCAGAUUUCGCCAGGAGACUUUCCUAAUCUGAAGAAGAUGCAGGAGCAGCUGCAAGCUCAGGAUUUCAGCAAGUUCCAGCCCCUAAAGACCAAGUUGCUGGAUGCAGUAGAGGAUAUGCUGACCAAUGACAUUGCACAGCUCAUGGUCCUGGUGCGUCAGGAGGAGUCCCGGAGGCCUGCUCAGAUGGUGAAAGGGGGAGCCUUUGAAGGCACCCUCCACGGCCCAUUUGGCCAUGGCUAUGGGGAAGGGGCAGCAGAAGGAAUUGAUGAUGCAGAUUGGGUGGUGGCCAGAGAUAAGCCCCUGUACGACGAGAUCUUCUACACGCUGUCGCCCAUUGAUGGGAAAAUAACAGGGGCCAAUGCCAAAAGGGAGAUGGUGAAGUCCAAGCUGCCCAACUCAGUGCUGGGCAAGAUAUGGAAACUCUCUGAUAUCGAUGACGAUGGGAUGCUGGACGAUGAGGAAUUUGCUUUGGCGAAUCAUCUUAUAAAAGUGAAGCUGGAAGGUCAUGAGCUUCCCGGGAAUCUCCCAUCCCAUCUCAUCCCCCCAUCUAAGAGGAAACUAGCUGGGUGAGAAACCACCAGAAAGAAAAUUGGGAACAGGGAAGGGAAGGGAAGGGAAGGGAAGGGAAGGGAAGGGAAGGGAAUAUACCAAAGUUGUGCCUGCAGUGAUGCUAGGUCACCUUUUGGCUUAGAGCUGUUUUCAGAUGUGAAGAGGAAACUGAUGUGAAGCAAAGCCCCAGUACUUUCUCAUGAUGAGAUGCAACUAGUUCUGUCCUAGUAUCUUCCAGGCUUCCAGGUAUUUGUUGAUAAGAACUGAUACAGAUUGAAGGUGCAGAGUUGGCUGGGAUCUGGAGAGCUUUGUGAUAGUUUCUGUCACUGUUCAGUCAAGCAAUGUCUGAAAUUCCUGUUGCAUAUAUCCCUGAUGCUUUAGAAAAACAUUCCAAUCCCUGAUGGACCCCAAAACUCUGGAUGGGAGUUGUGCUUAAUUAUUUUUGUGAAAUAGU